AUGCCGAGCUACGUAGUUACGGGGGCAUCCAGAGGUCUUGGUUAUGGCUUAGUCAAGACUCUCGCGUUGGAUCCCUCAAACACCGUCAUUGGCAUGGCCCGCAACGUCGAGCAUACGAAGGAACGCUUGGAGCGGGAUGGUGUCACAAAUGUCCAUGUUCUGGCCGCCGAUAUAACAGAUAAGGCAGCCCUGAGAGAUGCUGCAUCACGGACACGGGAAAUCCUUCAAGGAAAAGGGCUAGACGUUCUUAUCAACAAUGCAGGUUACAUCAGUGAGAUAUCUCAUCUCAAGGGACUCGAUGAAUUUGAGACUGAAGUAGAAACUGUGGUUGAUGAUACACAUAAGAGCUUCGAAAUCAAUGUCAUUGGAGUCCUCCGAACUGUUUACGCAUUUUUGCCUCUUAUCCAGGCAGGCAAGGAGAAGAAGGUAGUUGCCAUUUCCAGCGGACAUGGAGACAUUGACUUUGUCAAUAAGCUGGGUAUUUUUCAGGGUGCUCCCUAUGCCAUCAGCAAAGCCUCAUUAAGCAUCCUUUUCGCAAAGCUCCAAGCCUCGUAUCGGGACCAAGGAAUUCUAUUCUUCAGCAUUUGUCCCGGUGGAGUGGAUACGGCCGAAGGCCCGACGAGCUUGUCCGCGGAGGAUCGUGCUCGCCUCGAAAGAAUGGCUGCUGUGUUUCAGAAGUAUGAUGGUCCUGUUAUGGCUAACAGGUCACCCACUGAGGCGGCCAAAGGUGUUCUAGCUCUCGUACAGCGCUCGUCAUUGGAAAAAGGCUAUGGUGGAUCGUUUUUGAGCCACAAUGGUACUCAGCGUUGGCUUGAGCCGGGCACAGAUGCUUAA